CAUCGGAUUUAAUGACGCUGCAAGUCAACCAAAGACAAUGUGGUUACGAGAGGAGCCAUGGAUUAAACUAGCCUCGCUCAUGAAAGCUCGUUUCGAUAGGAGAUCAUACUCCUGUCUCCUACUAGUAUUGCUUCACUUGUAAGAGUUCAGACACAGCUCACUUGUAAGAGUUCAGACGCAGCACUCUUACAAUAAAGAGAGAAGAACUCCGACGCUAACAAGCUGGCUAGCUUAGGCAAGAGUGACCUGCAGCUGAGAAGAUCUUGCUUUAGAGGUAGCGAUCAAGCUGUUGCAAGAGAAACCGGAUGCGAGAUGAAGGCCCGGAGGAACGAGAGCAGCAAGAAACCUCGUUGCGGGGGAGCAGCGGCGGCGUGGCUUCUGGUUCCGCUGCUCGUUCUCAUCGUGCUCAAGACUGAUUCCCUGCCGCAGCUCGCUCGCCUUAGAGAGACCAUCGUAACCCAAGUUUCAGUUGAAACGGUUAGUGAACAUGAGCUGCGUUCGAAAGUUUCGUCUUCAGGUUUAGAGCGUGAAAAAAUAUGGCAGCAGCAGCAACAACUAGUUGAAGCAACCAAGUUCAAAGACGCGGAACGUUUGCCGAAGACAACUGAUUCGGUCGCCGAAGCACCACCAUCUCCUGCAUCAAGCGACGAGAUCGCCAGCCAUGGCGUCGAUGGGAUCAAAGAUCAGAAAGAUGAAAAGAAUAUUCUUGCCAUGAACGGGGAAGUGGAUGGUUCUUUGCGAAAUUCAGAUGUGGCAACACCAAGAAGCAGCAAGUUAAGCUGCAACUUCAGCAGCGAGCGCAUGGACGUCUGCGCCAUGGACGGCGACAUCCGUGUGCACGGCAAAUCCGCCACCGUCUACGUGGUCGCUGCCUCCAACGACAGCUACCGGCCGGAGAACGGGACGGUCACCAUCCGCCCAUACUCGCGCAAGUGGGAGAUAAGUACUACGAUGCAGAUGGUCCGAGAGGUGAGAGUCACCACGGACGACACCGCCCCGCCACAGUGCACGGUGACGCACGCCGUCCCGGCGGUGGUAUUCUCCACCGGUGGCUACAGCUACAACUUCUUCCACACCAUGACCGACCUCGUCAUCCCCCUCUUCAACACGGCACGGGAGUACGACGGCCACGUCCAGCUCCUCGUCACCGACUACGACCGCACGACGAUCUUCAAGCUUCGGCACUUCCUCGGCAAGCUCUCUGACUUCCCGGUCAUCGACUUCGACGCCGACGACGCCGUCCGCUGCUUCCCGGCGGUGCGCGUCGGCAUCGAGAGCCACAAGGAGCUAGGGAUCAUCCCGGCCCUGUCUCGCAAGGGCUACACGAUGAAGGACUUCCAGGACUUCCUCCAAUCGGCCUACUCGCUGAAGCGCGCGUGGGCGACCCCGGCGAACCGGAGCUCCGGGCAGCGGCCUCGUCUUCUCAUGAUGCAGCGCCGGAAGUCGAGGGCGCUCACCAACGAGGAGGACGCCCUGGCGGCGGCGAGGGACGUUGGGUUCGAGGUGGUGGUCGCGGGGCCGGAGGUGGUGAAGAACAUGGCCCAGUUCGCGGAGGUGGUGAACUCGUGCGAUGUGAUGGUGGGUGUGCACGGCGCCGGGCUGACCAACCUGGUGUUCCUCCCGCGCAGCGCCACGGUGGUGCAGAUCGUGCCGUGGGGCGAGAUGAAGUGGGCGUGCUGGUCCGCCUUCCGGGAUCCGCUACCGGACAUGGGGCUCCGGUACGUCGAGUAUGAGGUGACGGCCGACGAGACGACGCUCAAGGACGUGUACCCGAGGGACCACGCCGUCUUCACCAACCCUUUAGCCAUACACAAUGAGGGGUUCGGCAAGAUGUGGUCGAUCUUCCUCGAAGGCCAGAAUGUCACCAUUGACAUCGGCCGCUUUACAGGGGUCAUGCGGCAGAUCUACCAGUUCGUCACCAUCUCAUAGAUGCCGGCCCUCAUGUUUCUUUUCUUUUUUUGAGAUUAUAUGCAUGCAUCAUUGUGUAAUUUAUGCUCUAUUUUUUUUAUUGUGUCCUCUCCAAUGUUCAGGUUAAGAUUAUUGGUAGUCAUGUCAUGUGGGAAUUAAUUAGCCAAGGCGAAACGCCAAUUAAACA